AUGGCUAAAGACCUUCGCAUGGUUGAGAAAAGAUUGGACGAAGCAGUCUUAGGUCAUCUUCCUGACGGCGGGGAGGUGAUUCAGGUCACAGAAUUGGGGCUCAGUGACUACUGCCGUAAUCAUCGCAUAGAUUUGCAACUUCCGGAUGGGACGAUUGCGCGUUUCUUUACAAAGACUGGAAGUGGCUCAAGCGGCUUGGAACAAAUUCAAUCACAUUGGGAAUCCGAAUUUGCGAUACAUAAGUUCAUACCCGAGUUCCUACCAAAACCAAUCGCCUUCGACAGGUACCAUUUUGAACCGGACACUCAUUUCAUGCUGAUGGAAUUUGUUGACAUGAUCGACGAUGACAUUCCGCCGCCAGACACAUAUAUGGCACCACUGAUCGGCCUUUAUUUCCGAAGCCUUGGGCAAUCUCCAACGGGGAAAUUCGGGUUUCCCGUGAAUACGACAUUUGGCUUUUUGCCGCAGAGCAACGAUUGGGAAGACUCUUGGGAGGUCUGGUGGACGAAUCAUAUGAGAAUGAUCCUCGAACGAGACGAGAAAAUCCGAGGCGAAUUCACCCUUGAGGAGAAAGUAGUCGUGAAGGACUUCCUUGGCAAAGUCUUGCCCAGAUACCUGAGACCGCUGGAAACCGAUGGAAGGUCGAUCAAGCCAUGCCUCUGCCACACCAACAUGUGGCCUGGGAACGUCAAGCAUCGGCUGGAUAACGAAGCCAUCAUCACAUUCGAUGCGAAUGCGGUGUGGGGACAUCACGAAUUUGAAUUGGGCGUGCACAGUAACCCGAGAUACCCUCUUGGAAAGGCUUACAUCAAAGAGUAUUUCAAGCACGUGCCGGUUUCCCAGCCUGAAGAAGACGUUGAGUACCGCACCUUGAUUUAUUUGAUUCGCAACCAAGUCUGCCUUGCGAAUCUGUAUCCGCAUGAACAGAACUUGAGAGACUUAUACAUCGCAAAUAUGAGCCUGCUUGUGGGAUCAGCUGGAAUAGACUCUGUAUCGGUAGAUGAAACGGAUAACAAGUAG